ACAUCAGCGUGUGUUUCAGCAACAGGCAUAGCCUGAGGCCAACGUAGCCGGCAGGAUUCAUCAGGUUCACUCUGCUCCUAAAACUCUGAACCCUGACAAGUUUCCACACGUCCUGAUGUUGAAACCUAAACUACAUGCACACGAAAAGUUAUUUCGGGACCAGUUAUUUAAACGCUUGCAGGUUAUCAGAGAUGAGGUCUGCUCAAGCGUCCUGACAAUCGCACACAGAAAGUUCAAUCAAACCGUCAGAGAAAAAAAAGAUUUUCUUGCAGAGAGAUUUUCCAGAUCAGACAGGUUUUUAUUUGGCUAUCUUCAAGGUCAAGGUUUACUAAAAACUGCAUGUGAAAAUGUUAUGCAUUAAUGGACUGAGUUUAAGGGAAUGCCUCGUUUUCCUGGUUCUGAUCAACCUCUGUGAAUCACUGCCGAAGACUGCUCCACCUCUGAAGCCCAAUUUUCCUUUUGCUUUCAUGUGGAAUGCUCCAACUGAGCUCUGUGAGAGCAGAUUUGGGAUCAGCCUGGACCUGACAUACAUUCAGCUUGUGAGCAGCACCUUGAAGACAGCAACCAACCAAAGCAUCACCAUUUUCUACACAGACAGAUUUGGCAUAUUCCCCUAUGUGGAUGAAGACACCGGAGAGGCAUACAGCGAGGGACUCCCUCAGCUCAUAAAUUUCAAAGAGCAUCGUGAACUAGCUGAAGAUAACAUAACCUUCUAUAUCCCUCCUGACCAACCCGGUCUUGCUAUCCUGGAUUUUGAGGAGUGGAGACCACAGUGGGCACGAAACUGGGGCACCAAGGACAUCUACCGGGAGAUAUCAGUUGAAACUGUCAUGCAGAAGUAUCUCUUCCUCUCUUACGAUGAGGCAGAAGAUAUUGCCAAAAGAGUGUUCGAAGCGGCGGCCAAAAAGUAUUUUUUGAAAUCUGUGAAUCUGGGAAAAACACUUCGUCCAAAGCGGUUGUGGGGUUACUACCUAUAUCCAGACUGCUAUAACUAUGAUUACAACCAGGACAUGAAUGGCUAUACUGGUCAGUGCCCUGCGAUUGAACAGGAGAGAAAUGAUGAGUUGCUCUGGCUUUGGAAGGAGUCCACAGCUCUGUACCCCUCCAUAUAUCUGGAGCUUAUACUGAAAGACACCCGUCAGGCAGCUCUCUUUGUUCGUCAUCGUAUGCAGGAGUCAAUGAGAGUCUCUAUGCUGCCAAAUAAGGACUACUCUAUACCCAUCUAUGCCUACAUUCGUAUUGUGUACAAAGACAGUGAUGAAGACUACUUGUCUAAGGCGGACCUGGUCAGUACUAUCGGGGAGGCUGCUGCUUUAGGAGCUGCUGGCGUCGUGUGCUGGGGAGACAUGAAUGUCACGGAGACUGAGGACUCCUGCUCCGCUGUUCAACGGUAUUUGGAGAAAACGCUGAACCCUUACAUCUUGAACGUCACUACGGCGGCGAGGCUGUGUAGUACCGCCCUGUGUAAUAACAACGGGCGAUGUGUAAGGAAGAAAUGGGGCCGCAGAGAUUACCUGCACCUCGACCCGUCCAGGUACCGGAUCAAGUGGUCAAUAACCGGUGAACUCUCGGUGAAGGGACAUCUGUCUCAGGAAGACAUUGACUGGUUUGAGGAGAGGUUCAACUGCCUGUGCUACACCGGUGAUCCUUGUUACUCACCUGUCACUUUGAACGAAGUGUCAAACAAUAUCAAUGGUAGAGGUGUUCCCCUCUACCAGGAGACACUGGCCUUUCUGUUGACCUUAGCAUGUCUGUUUGUCUUAUCAUGGCAAGUGUAGAUCACAAUGUCUCUUUAAAAGGCAAUACAGUAAAUGAGCAUUUGAACCCCAUUGGAACCACAUGAACUCGGUUAUUACUGAAGAUUUCCCCAAUACAAAAGUGAUGCCAUAUAAUUUUUUUCCCUGUCAGAGGUUUGUGAUUACACAUAUUUUAAGUCAAACUAACAAGUAUUCUUUCUAAAAACAAUAAGAGAGAGAGCGAGAGAGAGAACAGUCUAUUUCGUGCAACCAUUCUGUGCAUGUUCUGAUUUGAAUAUAAUGAUAUUGUUUUGUGUGUGGUCCUGUUUCAAUGCAUUGAAAUAUGUAAACAUAUUGGAAACAUACGAGAGAAACUAUUUUCCUGCUGAUAUGCACCACAACUCUUAGACCUUUCCAGUGAAAAGUCACUGAGGAUCAGUACUUCAGUUACCUUACCUGACCUUGCAAUGUAACAUGAAAUCUGAUUCGAGCCACAGU